GUGAAUUCCAUUUAAAAUUUGCGUAAUUUGAUUGAAUCACUUUUACAGUGAAAAUCAGAAUCAUUCCACUUAAAACUAGAAUUGCUGGUUUUGCAAAGUGAAUUUUCACAGGUGAAUUGUUCAAAAAUAUCUGCUGAGAUUACUUAACAGAUGUCAGUAUUAGCGUGUGAUAAGAAGCCAACGGCACCCAGUCAACAUAAAUCACAUUGCAUCUUCCAAAUGCUUUUCAAUGUGUCAGUCUAUCAGAAAAACUCUACUUGCUGGUAAGCUAUUUGUCAUUCCGUUUCACACUUUCCGGUUCGCAAGUCCUGUAAAUGUAUCAAACGAAAACUGUCGGGAAAAUUUUACUUCUAUUUCUGGCAAUGUGUCAAAUAAAACUUGCCAGAUAAAUGUUACUUACUGCUUUAUUUAUAAAACAGAUCCAGUUGUUCUCAGUGGUCUCAUAAUAAUAUUUAUUGGAUUAUUUCUUGGAUUAGUAAUAAUAUUCAUUAGAAAACUGCAUUCUACAUCUAUGAAGAACAGUUUCUUUAUUGUUAUAACCAUGAUAAUUAUGAUUGUUGGCUUAGGAUUAUUCGUUUCAUGUGCAAAAUGGUAUGAACUAUUAAUUUCAUUACCUGCGGCUACCGCGUUCAACACUUUAGCCAUUCUUAUGGGUAUAAAGCUAAAAGAUUUAGAAAAGAAAUUCAAGACGAUAUUGUUGAUCAUAUUUUUUGUACUUAUAGGAAUUGGAUUAAUUCUCCUUUUUAUCGGGCAGAUAUUCCUAGACGUAAGUCGAUCUCAUCAUGAUUUUCCAGAAAGUACUAGUGAAUAAUGAAUAUUAUUCAUUUUUCAAUGGUUUCCUCUAAUAGCAUGAUCCCUGCUAAUAAAAUCCGCUGAUCACGAAUACGACGAAAUGUUUCCUACACCUCAGUAGAAAUACAUUUGCAAUCAAUAAUUCAUUGAGGAAUAUUUCAAACAAAUCUUUAUUUUCCAAAGCAUGAAUGUUUAUUCACACAUGGAUUGAAACCGGAUGUCAAGAUAACACUGCAUGUUGUUGAUGCAAAGCAUUAUGAAAUAAUGUUACCGUUUGAAAAAUUGAUUCUCAGUACUAUCUCUAUGUUAUGAUUCUGUAACAAAAUGGUAAUUACAGAAAAAACAGAACAACAGAUGUUCAUGCAACGGUUUCACAUACAUGAAGAUUUCAUGAUACAGUCCUUGGAGAAACGUGUUCGUUGCUAAGACACCUACCAGGCACCAGAGGGGGUGUGUCAAUGAUUUCAAAAUUCAGAAAAGCUGACUGACUGACUGAUCUCAUACAUGAAGUGCGACAUAUUACUUUAAAAUCGGUAGAGCUAACUAGUUAGGUAUUACUGUUUCUUCACUGAUACUUAUGUUGAUUCAUGAUGAACUGAGGUGAAUUAUUUCUUUUCUUCAUUCUAGCAUGUUCUACAAGGUGACGCCUUGAUUUGUUGGUGCUGCGUUAUGUUUAUUGUGAUUAUAUUAACAACAGAUAUUCUGAGCAUACACCGUGGUCAGUUUUCAAAAAUGUACACCAUAUUCGUAUUGUUUUAUGAAUAU